AUGGUGCUUCUCGCUGAAAAUGUUUCCGAAGGCUCCAACUGCACCCACCCACCAGCACCAGUGAACAUUUCUAAGGCCAUUCUGCUCGGGGUGAUCUUCGGGGGACUCAUCAUAUUCGGGGGUGUUGGGGAAACAUCUUAGUGAUUCCUCUCAGUGGCCUGUAAUCGGCAUCUGCACUCAGUGACUCACUACUACAUUGUCAACUUGGCCGUGGCAGACCUUCUCCUCACCUCCACAGUGCUGCCCUUCUCGGCCAUCUUUGAGAUCCUGGGCUACUGGGCCUUUGGCAGGGUCUUCUGCAACAUCUGGGCGGCGGUGGACGUCCUAUGUUGCACAGCGUCCAUCAUGGGCCUCUGCAUCAUCUCCAUCGACCGAUACAUUGGUGUGAGCUACCCGCUGCGCUAUCCCACCAUCGUCACCCAGAGGAGGGGCGUCAGGGCUCUGCUCUGUGUCUGGGCUCUUUCCCUGGUCAUCUCCAUCGGACCCUUGUUCGGCUGGAGGCAGCCUGCUGAGGAUGAGACCAUCUGUCAGAUCAACGAGGAGCCCGGCUACGUGCUGUUCUCCGCGCUGGGCUCUUUCUACGUGCCGCUGGCCAUCAUCCUGGUUAUGAACUGUCGAGUCUACGUGGUGGCUAAGAGGGAAAGCCGAGGCCUCAAGUCCGGCCUCAAGACCGACAAGUCGGACUCGGAGCAAGUGACGCUCCGCAUCCACCGGAAAAAUGUCCCAGCAGGAGGCAGGCGGGGGUGCACCAGUGCCAAGAAUAAGACUCACUUCUCAGUGAGGCUGCUCAAGUUUUCCCGAGAAAAGAAAGCGGCCAAGACUCUGGGCAUCGUGGUGGGCUGCUUCGUCCUCUGCUGGCUGCCUUUCUUCCUAGUGAUGCCCAUCGGUUCCUUCUUCCCUGAUUUCAAGCCCUCGGAAACCGUUUUCAAAAUAGUAUUUUGGCUUGGCUACCUAAACAGCUGCAUCAACCCCAUCAUAUACCCAUGCUCCAGUCAGGAGUUCAAGAAAGCCUUUCAGAAUGUGCUGAGAAUCCAGUGCCUCCGAAGACGGCAGUCUUCAAAGCAUGCCCUGGGUUACACCCUGCACCCGCCCAGCCAGGCUGUGGAAGGACAGCAGAGAGACAUGGUUCGGAUCCCCGUGGGCUCGGGAGAGACUUUCUACAAGAUCUCCAAGACAGACGGAGUCUGUGAAUGGAAGUUUUUCUCUUCCAUGCACCAGGGAUCGGCAAGGAUUACAAUGCCGAAGGACCAAUCUGCCUGUACCACAGCCAGGGUGAGAAGUAAAAGCUUUUUGCAGGUCUGCUGCUGUGUGGGGUCCUCGACCCCCAGCCUCGAAGAAAAUCACCAAGUCCCAACCAUUAAGAUCCAUACCAUCUCCCUCGGUGAAAAUGGGGAGGAAGUCUAG